UAAACAGCGGUAUACCAGUUAUUGGAACUGUCGCACAGUAUAACUAGGUUACAGAGAGAGAGAGAGAGUGAGGCGUUACCUAGGGUGAUUCGCAGAUCAUUAAAACCAGCAUUGAGAUGAAAAAGUCGAGUGGUAAGGCGUACGCUUCUAGUCAGGAGGACAGUGAGAAUGACAGCGACGUAACAGAAUGCAGCAUCGGAAGCAAUUCCACCGCUGGCACUCAUCGUAGCGAUACGCCCACUCGCAGCGCUCGUUACAAACGGAAGGGUCGUCGCAGGAGUAAAACAGCAAAGUACAAACCUUCUACAGACAAGCCAUUGUAUAAGUACUGCUGUAGCGUCAAGGAAGAUCAUGGACAACCCUUAUUUGGCGUACAAUUCAAUUAUCAUUUGAAGGAAGGCGAACCGUUGAUAUUUGCCUCUGUAGGUAGCAAUCGCGUAAGCAUCUACGAGUGUCCGCAGAGCGGAAAUAUACGGCUGCAACAAUGUUACGCCGAUCCGGAUACAGAAGAGAACUUUUACACGUGUGCAUGGACAUACGAUGAUCCUGGGAAGCCUUUGUUAGCUGUGGCGGGAUCACGCGGAGUCAUCCGAGUUAUUAGUGCCUCGACAAUGACUUGCAUCAAGCAUUAUAUUGGCCACGGUCAUGCGAUAAACGAGCUGAAGAUUCAUCCCAAGGAUCCAAACAUCCUGUUGUCUGCAUCGAAAGAUCAUGCUUUAAGAUUAUGGAACAUUAAAACGGACGUGUGCAUCGCGAUCUUUGGUGGCGUGGAGGGCCAUCGAGACGAAGUCCUGAGCGCCGAUUUCGAUAUAAGAGGCCAAAGGAUUAUCUCGUGCGGAAUGGAUCAUGCUCUUAAGUUAUGGUCCUUGGACAAACCAGACAUGCAGGAAGCGAUAAAACAGUCCUAUCAUUGCAAUCCCACCCGCAACGGCAGGCCCUUUGACUCGAUACUCCAACAUUUCCCGGACUUCACAACUCGCGACGUUCAUCGAAAUUACGUCGACUGCGUCAAGUGGUUCGGCGACUUUAUCUUGAGCAAGUCCUGCGAAAACUGUAUCGUGUGCUGGAAACCGGGUAGACUCGAGGACUCGCAGCUACGCAGUGGAGAAACGAGCGCGACGGUUUUACACCGUUUCGAGUUUAAAGAAUGUGACAUUUGGUUUAUACGUUUCUCCAUGGAUUUCUGGCAGCGCACGAUCGCCCUGGGGAAUCAAGUCGGUCGCACUUACGUUUGGGAUUUAGACGUGGACGAGCCCGGGCAAGCGCGCUGUUGGUCCCUUCAGCAUCCCCGUUGCACCGCGCCAAUUCGACAAACCAGCCUAAGCCGCGAUGGCUCCGUGUUAUUGUGCGUCUGCGAUGACGCGACAAUCUGGAGGUGGAAUCGCGACCACUAACUCUACUCAAAUCCAUUUUACCAUGACUAAGAAAACGUGCCUUUUCGUGCUAAGCUAUAUUGAAUAUUUGUGCUUUUUUUAUAGCAAUCAGUUAAAUCUAGGCGAAACUUAAUCUAUUAAUUCAGAAUCUUGAAACACAAAUGCAGUACAUGUACGCGCAUAUAUAAUCAAAAAAGUAAGAUUCCUGACGAAUUGCCGAAAAUUGAACAUUUGUAACAGAUUGGUAUUCUCGACGGUUUUCGAUGUAGCUGUAAAAUUUUACAUUAUAACAAAGUUACGAUUUAACUACGAAAGUAUAUCUAGAAUUAUAAAUGAAUGAGAUUAUAAAAAAUAGAAAAUGUUUUUGUUAUAUCUUUUGCGAUAUAUCACAAACGAUAUUUGUAUGUAGAGGAAUUAAUUCUGUUUUAUAACUUGAAAAGAUUUGUAUAAUUUGUCCAGAAGUGACUGCCUUCAAUUAAUUGUAAUGCAAUUUUCACGCUAAAUAUAAUCUAAUUUCAAGAUCAGACAACACUGUUAGCAACAGUAUCAUUUUUAUAUCUUUGUAAAACAAUAAAAUUAAUAAACAGAGCUCGUAUUAUUA